GGCAACUGGGUACCAAACAGCUCUGUGUCACAUGAGAGGCCGGGCUGGAGUCACGGUGGCCCGGGAUACUAUUCUUAGCUGCAGGAAUGUACACAGUGGCCUCAUGGCGAGCUCCACAGCGCCUAACUGGAAAGCCUCGUCGUUUCUCUGUGUCAUGCUCCUUAUCGCUCCCUGACUACACUACCCACUUUCUCUCUGGAUGAUGUUUUAUUCCUCUUUUUAUCGAAACUGAUACUUUUUCUGAACAGAUCGACCAGACAUUUUGGAUAUUAUUGAUUUACUGAGGGCAAGAGAAUGGCCUGCAGACCAGGAGAAGUUUUCUCUUUCAAAGACGCAGAACUUCCCUCCCACCUCCUCGGCCAGCUCAACAUCCUGCGUCAGGAGCGCAUCCUGACAGACGUCCUGCUCUGCACGGAGCACCAGGAGAUCCCCUGCCACAGGAACGUCCUGGUGUCCAGCAGCCCGUACUUCCGCGCCAUGUUCUGCAGCAACUUUCUGGAGAGCAGUCAGGCCCGAGUGAAUCUGAGGGGAAUCUCUUCAAACGUCCUCAUUGGCAUCGUGGACUACGUCUACACCGGCUGCGUCACUAUCACCAUGGAGAUUGUGCUCCCACUCAUGCAGGCGGCCUCCAUGCUUCACUAUGGAGGUCUCUUUGAGGCCUGUUCCAUGUUCCUCCAGGGGCAGCUGAGUCCAGAAAACUGCCUGAGCAUGAUACGGCUCUCUGAGAUCCUUCACUGUGAGAGUUUGAGGGAGAGGGCGAAGGAGUUGGCCGUGCGGUGUUUCUCUGACGUCGCUGCUACAGAGGACUUCUGUGAGUUGUCUCUCCCGGAGCUCAUGUGUUACCUAGAAGACGACCGGCUUUGUGCUGAGGAGGAGCAGGUGUUUGAGACGCUCCUGGCGUGGAUCCACCACGACCCUUUCUCAAGACGUGGUGCGAUCCAUGAUCUGUUUAAGAAAGUCCGUCUUCGCUACAUCCACCCAACUUACCUUUUCCAGUUCAUUGCCAAUGACCCGCUGGUGCAGUCAUCCACCCUCUGCACCGAGAUAAUCGAGUCAGUGCGGCGCCUCAUGCUCACAGUCAGCACCAAGUGUAGCCGAGAGCUAAAGCCACUUUGGACCACGCCACGGCGUUACACCUGCAAAGAAACACUGGUGGUGGUUGGAGGACGCAAAAACAAUGAACAGACCUCAAGAGAGGCCCUACUUUAUGAUGAGCGGACUCAUCGCUGGCAGUGGUUGGCCAAGCUCCCUCUGCGCCUCUACAAAGCUGCAUACGUGUGCAUCCACAGCAUCCUCUAUGUGCUCGGUGGGCUCAGCCUCUGCAUGACAUCAGGUGACAGUUCAGUCAGCGCAACAGUUUACACGCUCUCCCUGAAGACCAACCAAUGGCGGACUGCUGAGCCCAUGUUGGAGCCAAGAUACGCACACCAAAGUGUGUCCUAUCUGCACUUUAUUUUUGUGUUGGGGGGAAUCGGGGUAGACAAGAAGAUCUCUCAGUCUGUAGAGAGAUACAACAGUAUGUUUAACCAAUGGGAGGCCAUGGCACCAAUGCCCACAGCGGCGCUGCAUCCAGCUGUUGCAGCCAGCGAUCAGAGGAUCUAUGUUUUCGGAGGGGAAGACGCCAUGCAGAAUCCAGUCAGGCUGAUUCAGGUGUAUCACAUCUCUCGCAACUUGUGGUCCAGACUAGAAACAAGGACGGUGAAAAACGUCUGUGCUCCUGCUGCUGUCAUUGAAGACAAGAUCUAUAUCAUAGGAGGAUAUACCAGACGAAUGAUCGCCUAUGACACCAAAGCCAACAAAUUUGUCAAGUGUGAGAACCUAAAGGAGCGCAGGAUGCAUCACAGCGCUACAGUGAUCAACAACAAGCUCUACGUCACCGGUGGACGCAUCCUUAACGGCCACGAUGUCAUCGAGGACUCGGACUGCUUCGAGUGUUAUGACCCGAAGACGGACGUGUGGUCCUCUAAAGGUUCUUUACCGUACAAGCUAUUUGACCACGGCUCCCUGCCACUAGUCUGUGUGUCCAUGAGGCCUAACCCACCGUGACCCACCGUCCAGCCAACCACUUUGCUUUGCAACAUGUUGUCCACCUUCCCUUCGCCUUGGCUGAUUGGCCUCUAACGACACAAAUGGGAAACCAUUUAAAAGUGACUGCAUUCCUUCACGCAGCUCAGUAUCUGCCACAACUUAGCAGCACGUUAGGCCAGGCUGACUUUCGUCUGAAUCAAAGGGGGAGCUCAGCUGACAAGGCAGAGGUGUCAUUCCUGAGGCACCUGGGGUGGAACCGAGCUGAGAACACACGAGACGGUGAGAGGCAGACGUACUUACACAGCAAGCAGCUGUUCAGACACAUACGUAAUCUGAAAAGCUCUUUUCACAGAUGGCUGCGCUUGUUUGAUGGUAACUAAAAGUGUUAAUGCUUUAAUUUGCCAGACAUUUAUACACAGCGUAUCACUGCCUGGCAGCUGCAGUUCUCUGUAACAAUUAAACACAUAGGGAACGACACGUCCGGCUGUUUGUUAACUGUGAGUUCUGCUCUCGUGUAAAACUGAAAAUAACAGAACAGACAGCUAAUAUAAUUGGCACUUGAUAAAAAAUACAUUCCUCCUUGACCCACAUGCUUCUACCAGAGAGCACUUGUUAAUGAGCUGAUGAAUUGUGACAGAAGAUCCCCCGGCAAAGUACAGUACUUUAUCAUGUUUGCUGAAAUGUUGAUGAGAAAAAAAAUCUUACUUAAAUGAAAUUUUCUGUGCCAACUUUAUUCCAGUUUAGCUGGCUUGAUUCAUGAUUUUGAGAACUGUUCCUGCAACCCCUAACAAAGUAUCAUCUGUAUUGUCUCGGGAAUUGUCACAUGACUUGGACAAAUUUGACUCAACAACAAAAAUUAUUUGCAACUAGACUUGGACUUUAAAACCAAUAGCUUGUGACUUCAUUUCGACUUGAACCUUAAUUGAAAAUGCUAGAUACCUUCUCCCAAGUCAUGCUUUAUGCUAUGAAAGUGAUAUGUCAGAGCUAUUUUUUUGUUAUGAUUAAUGUCAGUCACACUUGAUUAACAUGCAUUAUCCUUUACCACUUAUCUGAACUUCACCGGGGGCUGGAGCCGACCCUAGCUGUCAUCAGGCAAGAGACAGGAAACACACUGGACAGGUGGCUACACUAUCGCAGGGCUGACACAAAGUGAGAGACAACCAUUCUCGCUCUCAUUCACUUCUAAGGACAAUUUAGAGUCACCAAUUUAAUCUAAAGAGCAUGUCUUGGACGUGGAAAGAACCCACACUGACACGGGAAGAAUAUGCAAAUGAAAAGGAGAAAAUGCUAACCACUACACCACUCCGUAGCCCACUUAUUUAAACAAAUAAAUAAAAAAAUUUAAAAGCAUUUUGUAAAUUUAACACAUUAUUACCCUGUUGCUAUAAUGGCAUAACAUUUAGUGAUGAACACGAGUUGAAACUCAAAGUUUAGGACCUGGCACUUGCCUGUUUUGACUUGGUGACUUUCUUACUUCUUACUUUGCAUAAUCACUUUGAUUCCAGCUCUGGUGUUGUGUACAUAAUUAAAAAAAAAAAAAAAAAAAAAAAAAAGAUCAAGUCAAAGCGCUCUAAACACAAAGGUUUUGUGUAUUUCAGUGGUGGUUUACUUUUUAUUUCAUGUACAGUUGUUGGAUGAAGAAAAUGGCUUCACAGGCAGCUAUGUUGAUGUGAUGACAUGAGACAGCGCUGGCUCUGAGGCAAGUGCAUGGCAGAGAUGCAGUGACCUGCUGGGGGUGACUAUGACUGGAAAUAGUGUGGAUGAGAUUUUUAGGAUUUGCAGCCUGAAAACUGUCACGAGUGCCCUCUUGGAUGCCCCUGUGGUGGAUGAAACAUGAUGAAGUGCCCUCAGGGGGCCCUUCCAGUGGACAAAACGUGAUAAAGUGCCCUUCUUGUGUGCUGGUUCCCAAUCACAUACAACAUGUGCCCUUUUCAUUAUUUUAGCCCCUGCCCCUUAAACAUCCUGACUCCGCCAGUGCACCAGGCUCCUGUAACCUCCAGGUGGUUUCUCACAAACACGUCCACUGAUCUGAAAUCAGCCUUCUGUUCAUCUGAGAACAAAAGCUGUAAAUAAUCAGAGAAAGACUGAAUCCUCUCUACAGGCCACAACUGUUCUUGACCCUUAUGGAGCAGCAUACAUUCACUGUUGUGCUCCAGCCCCAGCCUCUGGCAACAGUUGCCGUGGCAACCCCGUUAUCACCCUAUUGGCUCUUUCAUGGCAUGCAUCCCUGUAGUAAGUCUAUUGCAUCACUGAUCAGCUGUGUUGCUUACUUGCACAAUCUUUCCUUCUUUAAAAUGUUUAUAUUUUGGACAUUUUCCUGUUUGUGUCUUGGUUUACACUGAUGUUUAUGUAUAUGUAUGUAGUGAUAAUGCAAACAAUUUCUAAUUUAUUGCUUUGAAUUUUAUCUGCAGACAAGAAUAAAUAAUAUAUUCUGUUUUGAACGCUGGUAUAAAUGUUAUUAUUUUUAUUCAGUU